CUGCCUGUGUAAAUGUAUCGCUUUCUGUUUUGUCCAGUCUAUAUAACAUCAUAUCAUUCAUAUCGUUGGCGUCAGUCUGCAACUUGAUCCCUAUUCUGAAUUUACCAGUUCUGCUUGUUUGUCAUAAACUCUGCCCUUCUCGAAUGUUUAUGUUUUCUCUGAAUUAUUUCCUUGUCCCCUGGUGGGACUAUUAUUUGGUUUUGUUCUGGUCUUUGUUGGACUACCUUGUUUUUCUGGACUGCUCAUUUAAGUUAAACCCUAAGGUGUCCUGUCUGUUUACUGCAUAUUAAUCAGUUAAACUCAUGCUGUCAUGUUAGUGUUUUGUGCCGACUCCUUACACUAGAGGGCUGAGGUAAAAGUACAGACGGUUUUAUUUCAGGCUAAUUUAUUCUGGACUUUGACCGGGCAGCCUUCUUCUCUGAGGUGAGGCGACUCAUGGACACCAACACACAAAAGAACUCCAGGAUGACUUACAUAAAGGAGAUCCUCAUCUUGAGACCACAGGUCAUUGGUUUCAGUUCAAUGGUUUUGUGUCACGCUGCCGUCCUCCUUCUCCUAACACACUCUUGUAGAGGUCAGUCUCAGGUGACUGCUCCAUCUCUGCCAAUAGUGGCGAUGGUUGGUGAUGAUAUCAUUUUGCCAUGUUACCUGGAACCUGCUGUGAAUGCUGCUGAUCUCACUGUGGAGUGGGCAAGACCUGACCUAGAACCCAGAUUUGUCCAUUUGAGGCGAGAUGGUGUGGAGCUUUUGUUUGAGGAGCAUCCAUCGUUCAUGGGGAGAACAUCACUGUCCGUCAACAAACUCAAGCGUGGAGACAUUUCACUGAAACUCUCCAAAGUGAAGCUCUCUGAUGCGGGAACAUACAGGUGCCUCGUCCCCACAUCUGGUACAGAUUCUGGGGUCAAUCUUGCUGUAGGUAAGUUUGCAUUAAUCCACUGUUCACUAACUUACUCCUCAGUGUUUUAGGCUAUGUUAUUGCUCCGAUGUUAAUAUCCCCUUAUGACCCGACACAAUUUGGGACUGCAUGCAGCAUGUGAAACCGAAACCAACUGACAGGCAGAAAUCUCACCCUACGAGUUACGUUACCAUUCGUCACAAACUGUCUGGGCUCACAGUGCGAGAUGCACUUAAUUACUAUCACUGGGUACACCGGUGUUGCACCCUAGGCAACCGCCAAUGUUCCCACGGGUCAGUCCUGAGCUACAGAAAUGUAUAUAUGGGUGUUUAAUAUUGUAAGAAGGGUUUAGAAUGCCGGAUAACAUCAUAUGUGUUAGCUGGUUGACAACAGGAAACAGUUGGUCACGCCCUCAGACACUGAUUUGGCAAACCUGCUGGAUGAGUAACAGCACACUACAUCUGAUGAAGCGAUAAGCACAGACUCUACAGCAUGAAGGUUAUGUUCUGCUUUAGUGCUCUGUUACGACCCGGCUCUUGGGGAAAGGGACGCAACAUGAACCGGAAUGUUUUUGGUAAAAGUGCAAGUUGUUUAUUUGCAGGAUUUACAAAAGAACGGAAAAAGGGCUGGUGGAUGCUGCUUAAAUCAAAGAAACAAAUUUAACUUAAAGAGGUCUUUCCAAAAUGAGAGCCACAACUCAAAAUCUAACUAAACAAAACUCUCUGACCUGUUCAGCAAGAAACAAAAUACAAAAUGAGCAGCUAACCUAAACCUAGGGAUUGAACCGCCGACCUUCCGAUUAACGGCCAAGCAAAAAAUAUAACAACAACAAAAAAAAAACAUA